AUAUAUAUAAAUAACAAGGGCAUAAAAUUCUUUUGCCACUUAAUGAAGAAUGUAUUUUUGAAAAUGUCUCAUUAGUGGUGGUAAAAAUGAAAAGUGGUACCAUGAAAGUGGUAAACAUGUAAUUUCUCCCACUCAAUCUGGUAGGUUAAUUGAUUCUUUCAAUAUGUGAAAACUUAAAUAUGAUUUAAUCACAAAAACAAAGGUUAAGCUUAUGUCUAAGAACUACUAAUGUUUCACACACUUAGAAAUCUAAAGAUGAAAUCAAAAUAAAGCAAAGAAUCAAAUAAUUGAAUUCUAGACAAUAUUUUUGCAAACUCUUAUUUGAGCAUUCAAAAUAUAAAAAAUUGUAUAAAUGGUAGAAAUAUAAAGAUAAAAUAAAAAUAUUCUUUUGAUAGCAUAAAUUAGCCGUGUGCAAGAAAAACCUGAACUGAAAACCCAAACCAGAACUGACCUGAAAUGGGCCGGUUCGGAUCGGUUUCGGUAAUGCCAUAUAUACCUAUCGGGUUUUACAGCCUUAUGCCCAUGGAUAUCGGUUCGGUUCUGAUUCUUACCCAGAACCGAUCGGGUACCUGAUUAAAUAGAAAUUCAUCCUUAAAAUCCAGAAUAUAUGGUAAAAUGUAAUCAACCCCGUUCGAACCCGGGUUAGAUAAGAAGAGUGAGAACAGUGUUGCCACCAAACCAUUUUAAAUUUUAUUUGAGAAGUUAUUGUGCUUAUUUGUCAUGUUCUACACGAUUUUAGGUUAUUUUUCUUAUUUAUCAUUUUUAUUAAGUUUUUGAAGCUUAUUUGUCACAUUUUUCAUGAUUUUAGGUUAAAUCAUUAGUUAUAAUAUUUAUCUUGUUCUCCAUGAUUUUAGAUUAUUUUACUUAUUCCAUGUUAUUUUACUUAUUUUUCAUGUUUUUAUUAAUUUUAGAAGUUUAUUUGUCAUAUUUUCCAUGAUCUUAGGUUGAAUCAUUAGUUUAAAUAAAUAAUUUUAUGAAUUGUUAGCUUUAAAAAAUAGUGAUUAUCUAAUAAAUACUUUUCAUUAUAAUCAGGAUAAUUAUUAACGGCAUUAUUAAAUUUUAGCUAUAAUUUUAUAUCUAUCUUCAUAGUAUGUUUGCUUUAGUAAGAUUAAAUUGUAUAAUAUUUUUUAUUAUUUUGUAAAGGAAGCUUUCUUCUCUUUUAUAUCACCAAAGAAUUAUGUUAUGGUUUAACAUCAGGCUUACCAUCAAAAGCUACGAGUCCAAAGGAUAUAAUCUCUUGCUGUUAUAGUUAAAAAAUCCAGCUUUUACAAGAUGUAUAUAAUUUACUAUUUUUAGUUUAUAAAAUUUUAGUUAAAUAGAAGCAUGUUUUAAUUAUUGUAUAUUUUGUUAAUAGGUGUCACUAUAAACUCCAUUGACGAGGAAAUUUAUUUAAAAUACAAUUUUUAUUUUGUCGGUCAUUUAAAAUAUAAUUAAACUAAUGUUUGUAGGAAUCAUUGGGAAAAAAAUGUUAAAUCAUAAUUUUUUUUGAUGAAUAUGGGUUUGUUUUCAUAUAUUUCACUGAUAAUUGGUGACUACAGUUUUAUUUUGUAGAUUAUCUUUUAUGUUAAUCUAAAGUAUUAAUAAGACAUUAUUAGGUUGUUAUGAUGAUGAUUAUUUUUAUAUGCGUAGUAUGGUAAUAGAAUAAACAAAAGAUUUUGUAAAUACCAGACCGUUAUCUAAGUUGCAUUGUAAUAGAAAAUUCAAAUUAUAUAUCUGAUUAAUUUAAUUUUUUGAAAUUAAUUAAAUAAUUUAGAUUAAAAUAAAAAAUUACGUUAAAAUUAAAAUUAGUUUAACACAGAUUAAACCGCACGAAGUGCAAACCAUCAUCUAGUUAAAAAUAUAUACUGUAUAUAAUAUUUAUAUAUUAAAAUAUUUAUAAAAUUUAUACUUUUGUGACUUGAACCAUGGCUAGAUGGACGAAUAGGCAAGUGUGUAACCAUUAAACCACUUCAAUUAAUAUAUUAACUAAUACUUUUUAUAUAUAUUUGAUUCAUAUAUUAAACGGGUAUCCGUAACCGACCUGAAACCGAAGAAACCCAAACCAAAAUUUUAUUGUACUUAUUGAGUAUAUUAAUCAUUUAUCUGGUAGAUCCGGAACCGAACGGAUCCUACCCGAACCAAAUAUCUGAAUCCCCAAGACUAGCAUAAAUGAUAGAAUUAACAGAAUAAAAAAUAGAUAUGAUAUUACAAUUAUCUUAACAUGAACAUUCAAAUUCUUUUCUUUCUGGCCAUAGAAGCAACCGGCAUAUGCAGCUAAUGUAACCAUCUUUUAUUUGGUUAUAUAUUUACACUAGGUAAUAAUCCACGUCUUGCGCGAGAUGAGAUUAUUAAUUUUAUUAUUUUUAAAAAUAAAAGACAUUAGGUCUGUUUAAUCUGGAGAACGGUUUGGUUUUACGUUGUUUUUUUGGUUUUUAAUCACUUAAAAUAUAACUAACAUUCUAAAUCCAUAUUUAUUUUGUUUUUUCAGUUACAAUGUUUGAGGUUUUGAUUUUUUCGAUAAUAACCAAAAACUAUUAAAUUUUGUUUGGUUUCAUGUUAUAUGAAUUUUAUGCAGUCUUGAUGCCCAAUCAAUGGUUUCAAUUAAAAUCUAGAUAGUAGUUGAAGAACAAAAUUAUUAAGACAAAUCAUUUUAUUACAAUUUGGUCGUUGGUGAAAGAAAAGAUUAAAAAGAAUAUUCCAAUUUUCAAAAGAAUUUGAAUCCUCACUUGAGGUAAAUAUUUAAUUAUAUAGGUGCACACGUCAAUGUGCACAUGUAUAUAUAUGUAAACGUAUAUAAAGGUGAUUGAUAAAUAUAUAAAAAUAUCGUUAAUUAACAUUAAAAGAUAUUUUUAUUCAAAAUAACACAUGAAAGAUAAAAUUAUUAAAAUAAAACUAAGUAAAAAUAAAAUAGGUCUAGACAUUAGUAAUUUUUUUGCAAAUUGUAUUUCUAUGUGAAAACUUUGUAUAACCUGUGGAAUUUUUGAUGUGAGUUUUAUAUUAAAAGACAUAAAGUAAUACAUUGUGUCAACAUAUUUAUGUAGAAUUUAGUUGAGAAACUCUUUAUAUGUGACAUGUCUGUGUAUUUAUUUUUAAAUCGUUGUGAAACUGCCACGUGGUAAAUAUAGUGUGAACACAUUAAUGUCAAAUGUGUCUUUUUAUUAUAUAGGGGAUUUUAUCAAAAAAACACAUUCAAAUUCAACUUUAUUAUAAAAUGAUGGGAAUUUUUUUUUAAAUAUUCUAACAGUAUAGUUUUACACAUGGUAUGUCUUUUGGAUAGUUAAAGGAGAAUAAAUAAAAGUAUGUAAAUAAUGACUUUAUGGAUAUCACAACUAGGCCUGGGACGGAUCAGAUAUCCGAGCAAUUUUAAGGUAUCCGGAUCCAGAUCCUUAUCCGGCGGAUCCAUAAUCUUACUAUCCUUAUCCGGAUUCGGGGUUCUCGGAUAUCCUUCUAAAAAUUGUAAUAUCCAGCGGAUAUCCGGAUCCAGAUUUGAAUCCUUAAAAUAAAUAAAUAAAAUAAUAUUAUAUAUAUAUAUAUUAAAAAUAAAAAGUAUAAUGUUUUUAAUUAUUUCUGUGUAUAUUAUUACAAAAUUUACAUAUACUAUUAUAAAAAUAAAAAAAAUAUUAAAUAAAGUUAGUUUUUAUAUAUAGAUAUUACUAUUUCUGAAAUAGUUAUUAAUAAAACUUAUGGAUCCGGAUAUCCGGACUAAAAAAUCAAGAUAUCUGGAUUCGGAUCCAGCUUUGACGGAUCCAAUAUUUUACUAUCUCGAUCCGGAUUCGGCCAUUCUGGAUAUCCGGAUUUUCGGAUCGAAUCCGGAUCUCGGAUAAAAGUCCCGGACCUAAUAACCAGUAGCUAUAGUUUAAUGAUUUAUCUACCUUUCUCGAAACCGACAUCAUUUACGACGUCUUCACAUCACAGCACCCGUCGUAUGCCGUUCGCUCCGUCAUCACUCGUGACGAUUGGCUCUUUCUUCUAAUAAUACUAUCUUGACUUUGGCUACUUCUCCAGGUGAAAACAAUAUUAGUAUAUAAACCUACAAAUAUGCCAAAAACCUUUUCACAUAUAUGAAACGUUGUCAACUUUUUUCUGUAGAAUUGUCUUAAUUUAUUUCCUCCAGAAAAUCUUUGCAUAAUCAUGGAAUCUUUAUUUAUGCUUGUCAACUUUCAUUUGAGUCUUUCUUUAUGCAUUCUUUGGACCACAUGAUGAUUUCAAUGUAGACUUGAGUUCGUCAUUAUUAAAACAGAAAUUAUUAUUAGUCAUUUGUUUUUUUCUCAUCUCAUCUUCACAAAGAAGCUGUCUCUUUCUUUCACCGUCACUUCACCUAUUUGUGUUCUCAAACUCACAUAUAUCCCUUCUUCUUGACUUUCCCUUGAUAGAUCUUCUUAACUUCAUUCUUCAGAUUCCAAAGCUUGCCCCUUUCCUUUUGACUUUGAUAUUACAUUGAUUCAGAGGUGCAAGAGCAAUGAUGCUCUGUCUGAAAAUUUGAAACUUUUGUCCUGUCUUCAAAGCCCAAUCCUUUUUCAUCUUUCUGUUCUGGGUUUUGCAGGGUUUGAUUGAUUCUCUAUUUUAAAUGUGAAUUACACAACUCUUGAAUCUGUAAUCUUAAAGUCUGUAUGGUUCGAAAACAGAGUUUUUUUCUGCAUGAAAAGAUGGCUACUUUAACUGAACCAUCAUCAUCUUUAAGCUUCACGUCUUCUCGUUUCUCUAACGUCUCUACUGGGUCUAACCAUAUCUCACCAAGCUCAGCCUCUAACCUCGAAGUGAUCAGUCUAACCAAACUCAGCUCCAAUCUUGAGCAGCUUCUCAGUAGCCCAGACUGUGAUUACACAGAUGCAGAGAUCAUUGUCGAGGGUGUUCCCGUUGGUGUUCACAGAUGCAUUUUGGCUGCAAGGAGCAAGUUUUUCGAGCAACUGUUCAAGAAAGACAAGAAACGUUCCAAGAUUGAGAGACCAAAGUUCCAUUUGAAAGAGGUGUUGCCUGUUGUUGGGCAUGAAGCUUUUGUUUACUUCCUGAGUUAUGUCUACACUGGGAGGUUAAAGUCGUUUCCUUUGCAGGUUUCCACUUGUGUAGACUCUCUUUGUGCUCAUGAAUCUUGUCGACCUGCCAUUGAUUUCGUUGUUGAGUUGAUGUAUGCUUCAUCUAUCCUCCAAGUGCCUGAGCUUGUUUCAUCUUUUCAGCGGCGGCUUUGUAACUUUGUGGAGAAGUCUCUGGUUGAGAAUGUUAUUCCUAUUCUUUUGGUUGCUUUCCAUUGUAAGUUGACUCAGCUGCUUGAUCAAUGCAUUGAGAGAGUGGCUAGGUCUGAUCUCUACAGGUUCUGUAUUGAAAAGAUGGUUCCUUUAGAAGUAGCUGAGAGAAUCAAACAGAUUCGUCUCAAGUCUCCACUAGAGGAAGAAGAGAACAGUCCCAAGGUUUCAGAUAAAAUGCUUGAGAGAGUUGGGAAAAUCCUCAAGGCUUUGGAUUCAGAUGACGUUGAGCUUGUGAAGCUUCUUUUGACCGAGUCAGAUAUCACUCUAGAUGAAGCCAAUGGUCUGCAUUACUCAGUGGUGUAUAGUGAUCCCAAAGUUGUUGCAGAGAUACUUGCUCUUGGUUUAGGUGAUGUCAAUCACAGAAACUCACGUGGCUACUCGGUUCUUCAUUUCGCUGCCAUGCGUAAAGAGCCGUCCAUCAUCAUAUCUCUUCUCAAGGAAGGCGCCAAUGCAUCUAGCUUCACUUCUGAUGGACGCAGUGCGGUUAAUAUAUGUAGGAGACUGACAACUCCAAAGGAUUAUCAUACAAAGACAGCCAAAAAGAGGGAAGCUAGUAAAGCAAGGCUGUGCAUAGAUCUCUUGGAAAGAGAGGUUAGGAGGAACCCUAUGGUUGCUGAUACGCCAAUGUGUUCCCUCUCUAUGCCUGAAGAUCUCCAAAUGAGACUGUUAUACCUAGAAAAGAGAGUGGGGCUUGCUCAGUUGUUCUUUCCAACAGAAGCUAAUGUGGCUAUGGACAUUGCUAAUGUAGAAGGUACAAGCGAGUUCACUGGUCUUCCCCCGCCUUCAAAUGGGUUAACAGGAAACUUGAGUCAGGUUGAUUUAAACGAAACUCCUCAUAUGCAAACCAAAAGACUUCUUACUCGUAUGGAGGCUCUAAUGAAAACCGUUGAGACAGGUAGAAGGUAUUUUCCAUAUGGCUCAGAGGUUUUAGAUAAGUACAUGGAAGAGUACAUAGAUGAUGAUAUUCUCGAUGACUUGCAUAGUGAGAAAGGAUCUCCACAAGAGAGAAGAUUAAAAAGAAUGAGAUAUAGAGAGCUUAAGGAUGAUGUCCAAAAGGCAUAUAGAAAAGACAAAGAGUCUAAGAUUGCGCCGUCUUGUCUUUCUGCGUCAUCCUCUCCUUCGUCUUCUUCUUUAAGAGAUGGUCUGGAGAACUCAGCAUGAAAAUAAGUUGAAUAUGGUUAGAUAUCUCUGCUCAGAUACUUAUAGGUUCAGUUUUAGUAAAGAUAAUGGAUAGAGUUACUUGUACAACAAUAAACAUAGGAAUAUUAACCCAAAACAUUCUAACCACAUGCAACCUUUUGUUUUUUCUCA